AUGUCAUCUUUGAGCGUCUCUGGGAACAAAAUCACAGAAGAUCUGGACAGUACGCAGGCGAGCUCGAUGCGGCAACUGUACGACAUGCAAGACCCGGACACCAUGUACUUCGCCAUCCCAGGGGGCGAGAGCGGCAACCCGUACUCGGAGUACUACCAGAACCUGCUGGAUAAGUUCGCCAAGCGUGACUACGUGAAGGUGGCAGCCUCAGUGGGCGCCGUCAACGAAAUGCUGGAGGGCGGCCGAGCCAGGCACCACCAAGUACUUUCCCCAUGA